AUGGGCAACCCUAUUGACCCGGAGGCCGUCAAGCAGGCCACAAUGGCCGACCUCUCUCGCCUUCGUCAGGAAGAACUUCCUCUAAGCAAUGAAACGAGAAGAGAUCGAGGCCCAACUUAUGCCCCAAGCCGAAACAAUGGAACUGGCCACUUUUCGGUCUCUACAAAGGCUGGACUCGAGAACUUAUGGGGUGCCAAGAUCAACGAUGCAGAGUCCCAAAGUAUGGAGGGCCUUGAGCUCGAAGAUGCACGACCUUGGGCAAAAGGCCAGAGAAGAGAGAAACUUCCGACCAUCAUAGUUCACGAAGAUGCUCCAGCUAAAUCUGCUCCUGGUAGAGCGCCCUCUGCACGUCAGUCUCGGGGAACUCCCGUUCAGUUCAAACCCACGACACCCGCGAGAUGGGGCCCGGGACCUACGGAGACAGCUUCUCAAACCAAUCGUGAAGAGCCUUCGCCUCUGGCUACUCACAUCACGGAAAAGCAGGAUGAGUGUGCCCAGGAACUUGUUGCAUCGGAACACUUCUUGUACAAAAGCAAGUGCCACCUCAUUCCCGGAAAGGCUGAGGCACUGAGUGUUGUCACACACAUUGCUGUCAAGAUCAUCGCAGAGAGCGACGGCAUUCUAGAGAUUCGAAAUGACACUAAGGGCCUCCGAAUCCACAAUGCUCUCGAACUUGAGCAGCCAGUCCUCGACGGCCUCUUGUGUACCAUCAAAGUGAAGACUAGGCCCUUCUCGGAGAAGCUUCGCUUUGCUACAGUCAGCGAUGCGCAGGAUUUCAAGAUGAAUCUGAUCAAGCUUCAGAAUGCUCUACUAGAUCAUCAGAAGCAAAACAACGACAAGUCUCAGAUUGAGGAAAGCAAGGCGGAGGACGACGGCGACCUCUUGAUGGCCGCCAGCCCCAUUGCGGAAACGGCGUCCGAUGCUUCAAUCCCCGUUGUCAACGAUUCAUCUCAUCAGGUGCCCACCGCGGUGCAAGAGCCCCUUAUCAUGAUGGAUGACACUUGGGGAGCGCCAGCGAACAGCAACAUUCACAGCCUGGGGCAUGAAACCGUACAGCUGAGUCAGUUGCUAAACCAGGUUCUGGAGCAGGUCGCUGCCCUGGGGAACCACUCUAGUCAGAGUAUCGAUGGGAUUGAGUAUGAAAUCCUCGAACACGCUCUUAGCCACGGUCCCCUGCAUGAGCGUGGCGAACAAGUGCGAGAGGGUCUCCUGGACACCAUUCGUACCUGCCUCAACAUGUUUGGCAAGCCAGUCUCCCAUGACUUUGCUUCCGGCCUCGGAGAUGCCAAGGCAAGCGAGAUUCCUGUCAAUGGCAAUGCUACGGACCCUGGUGUUGCAACUGCCGAACAAGAGAAGAAUCCGAAGCAGGUGGAGGAUUCAACCAACCACUCUGUGCUCGGAAGGCCUAAGGGCUUGGGUUCGUCACGUUUUGCCAAAAAGCCGGCAACAUUCCAAGGCAGAUUCACUGGCCCGAUCAAGUACUGA